CCCUAUACAUAUAUCAUUACAUGCUUUUUCUCUUUUACAACAGAACGUGAAUUUUUCCAAAAAUCGCUCCUGCAAAAUCGAGCCUAAGCCUAAGGGCUGUCUCCGAUGAGUUCGCGAACGCUCUGUCAACCGUCUACGAUGGCCGACAGUCGCAGACUCCGAGACAUCUCGGUUGUGGUUACCUCAGUUUAUUGACAAAAAUGUAACAUCUCUAUUUUUAAUUGGCCAUGUUACCACCGCACACGGCAUGACAAUCGCUCCGACCGCAUUUAUGUUAUUCUUGUUUCUAUAAAUAUCCGCGCGCGUGCUCCUUAUUCGAGAUCUCCGGGUCUGACAUCGACGUGAAGAUGUCUUCGAAAAGUGAAUUAAAAAAGUUAUCGGAGGAAAGUCUGACAAGACAGCCAGAAGAGGUGUUUGAUAUCAUAUGCAAGCUAGGGGAAGGAUCAUAUGGGUCAGUAUACAAAGCAUUACAUAAGGAGAGCGGUCAGGUACUUGCUAUUAAGCAAGUACCAGUGGAUACCGAUUUACAAGAGAUUAUAAAGGAAAUAUCAAUUAUGCAGCAAUGCGACUCUCCAUAUGUUGUUAAAUAUUAUGGAAGUUACUUUAAGAAUACAGAUUUAUGGAUUGUAAUGGAAUAUUGUGGCGCUGGUUCUGUUAGCGAUAUUAUGAGGUUAAGGAAGAAGACGCUUCAGGAAGAUGAAAUUGCAACAAUUCUGAGUGAUACUUUGAAAGGUUUGGAAUACCUUCACUUGAGAAGAAAAAUUCACAGGGACAUUAAAGCUGGAAAUAUCCUUCUUAAUAAUGAAGGUCAUGCAAAAUUGGCUGAUUUUGGUGUGGCGGGUCAAUUAACGGAUACAAUGGCUAAACGUAAUACAGUUAUUGGUACACCAUUCUGGAUGGCACCAGAAGUAAUACAGGAGAUUGGCUAUGAUUGUGUAGCCGAUAUAUGGUCUCUGGGAAUAACGGCCCUGGAAAUGGCCGAGGGCAAACCACCAUAUGGCGACAUACACCCAAUGAGAGCAAUAUUCAUGAUCCCGACUAAGCCACCACCUAGUUUUAGAGAACCUGAUCAGUGGAGUCCAGAGUUUAUUGACUUUGUCAGUGGGUGCCUUGUAAAAAAUCCCGAAGAAAGAGCCACCGCGACCGAGCUUCUACAACACGUAUUUAUAGGUAAUGCCAAACAGCCGAGUAUUUUGGGUCAAAUGAUCGCCGAGGCUCAUGAAAUACGCGAAAAGCAAAGUGCGCAUAGAGCUCACGUCAUAAACAACGUGGCGAUUAAAAGUCAAAAUCAGGCGGAAGAUUCGGAUGAGGACGACUGUAGUGGAACUAUGAAACCUUUACCAGAAGAUAGUAGGACCUUAGUGCCGAGUCAUGAUCUUCCAGAUACGGGUACUUUAGUUUCGGCAAUGUUGGAUUUGGGUACAAUGGUUAUUAAUAGUGAUACAGAUACCGAAGCUACCAUGAAGAGAUAUAACACUGGUUCUGUAGAAUCUGGCAAGAAAUAUCGACCAUUAUUUUUAGAUCAUUUUGAAAAAGAAGCACCUGAAAUCGGAAAGGGUAAUGGACAAAUGUUGGGAGCACACAAUAUGGAAAAUGCGAAUAAAUUGGAGCAGCAAAACCCAAUCGAAUCUCAAAGAUUUCAAAGUCAUUUGCAAUUACAGUUACAACAUCAAAUCUCUCAUCCCAUGCCAGAACAGCCACAUAACAAUAUAUCGAAGUUUCAAAAUGUCUUCACGGAACGUGAUUUUGACUUUAGAAGCCGUAUCCUGCAGUUGAAGUUCCUUUCCUACGAGGAACUGCAACAACGAAUGGCUAGCUUGGACGCGGAAAUGGAGCGAGAGAUCGACGAGCUGAGAAAAAGGUAUCAGACGAAGAGACAGCCUAUUCUGGAUGCCAUGGAUACGAAGCGGAAACGUCAACAGAACUUCUAACAGUUCUCCUUUACGGGAAUAAGUGAUGACGGAUAGAUAAAGGGUGUACAGUUGUAUAAAUGGAUAGAUUUUAUUCACGUCAUCCCUGGUUUCAUCAAAGAAAAGAACAUUGAUCCCACACCGUGAAUAUUUUACCUCAUAAUGGACAAACACGUAACGACUGUGAAUGUUUCCUGUUUAUUCGCAAAUCACAAUGUUACUUUUCUUUAUGAAUCCCGGGGUAUUAUAGCUAGUAAUAGCUGAUAGUCUCACGUCAUCAAUGUAAAUUAUUUUACAUGAUUUAGGUGAAGAAAAACAAUCACUAUACUUAAUUUUUGUAUUAUGUUUACCUAUAUUUACUGUUAAAUAUAUCCUAUUCUUAUAGAGAUAUUAUGAGACUCAUCUAGGGUCAUUAGAAAAUAAAAAGAAAGGAACGCAAUAGGAGUGCAAAACAAACGCAUCAUGAUUAUGAUCGGUUUUUUAUCAGUUUUUUUUCUUAGAAAAAACUUUACAUUCACUUGGAAUGAAAUCGGUAUCUUGUAUCAUCAUCGUGCUACGCUAGUCAUUUACAAUGCCAUUUUAUCCAGGAUACAAAAAGAUCAUUAUUCAUAUAAAAUGCGUUCGCAAAAUGCACUUAAACAGUUAAGCAUUUGAACAGUUUUUGAGUGUAAAUGUUCUAUUUAAUCAUGACAGUUUGAAAUAAGCGAACAAGGUUGUAAGAUUUAAUUUCUUACUCUACUGCCAUAGGUAGACUCUCUACUCAUUCGUCUACUAACAAUUUAGUUUACGUCAAUUUUCUAAGCGAUUAGUUUUAUUUUUCAAGUUACAAAUAUGUCCAACACCAAUAUGAUCACGCAAUUCUAAAGUAAUGAAUAGUGUUCUUCAAUAAGCAGCGCCAUGAUAAAAGAAAAAUGAUGCCGCAUUCUAAUAAGAUAUUUCAUAAACGAACUUAUUAGUAUUAGAGUCUUCCGCGCGCCGUAUUAGAAAGUAUUUUCUACAGUAUGCUCUAAUUUACUUUGUCAUAUGAAAAUUGUUGAAACUGAAAUUUAUCAGAUUCCACUAAUGAUAACGGUAUUUUUAGAAUAAUAUAAAAGUUCGUAUGGUAAUGCCUUACAAUAAUCAUUUUUUGUAUAAAGCAUUAAAAAUUUUUGAUCGCAAUUUUUUUUGUGAUCGUUAUAAAAUAAAUAUAUUUGUACGUGCCAUUAAUACAUAUGGCGAAUAACUAUAACAGAGUAAUAAUUUCUUGCUGAUGUUGCGUUUUGGGCUAUUUUGCCAAUAAUGGAAAUAGAAUUAUACUUAAAUGCGCUAUAGCCAGAACUGAUAUUCAAUUUUUUUUUAGAAAAUAAUAAUACAGAAUAACAACAUAUUUUUGAUAUAGAAGGUAUGCACAUUGUCAGUGAAUAAGGUCUGAAAAAUUAAGACGUAUAUUAUCCAUAAUCCUGACUCUUACAAAAGUGUAAUACUAAUAUAGAGUUUCCAAGCGAAAAAAA